AAUACAUUUCAACUUAAUUAUUAGAGAUUGAUUACCUUUAUGCUUUUAAUAAUAUAUUAGAGAUAUUAAAAAAGAUAAUUAAAAUAGAGGAGAAAAAAAACAAAACAUAUAAGUUAGUUCUACUAGUAAAUGAAAAUCGAUAUGAGCAUUUUAAUGCUUAAAAUACUUUUGUAUAGCUCCUUAUUUUAUACAGUUCGUAGCUAAUUGCAUAACGAGGCUAGUUAUAAACAUUAAUAUUUGAAUGAAUCGAAUUCAAAUUCACUAAAAAAUGUAUAUUAAGGAGAUUCAGAUUAGAUAUAAAAAAGAAGUAUUCAGCAAGCACCUUAAAAAUUAAGAAUAGCUUAUGAUUAUUCACUAAUCGAUAACAACAGUACACUAACUCAACAAGAAAAAACUCUAGUCAAAAAUGUAUGCGAAGCAGCUAAGCUAUUUAUUUCAUCCUUAGUAAAAGUUAAUAGUAGGUAAAGCCCAAUAACUAUUGAACCUACAACUGAUUUGUGCUAUGAUAUUCCUUACAGUGAUAUGGUAGUUAGCCCAAACAGCGUUAAUGAUGCUGAUUUAUUUAUAAUGGUAGUAUCUUUCUACAACGAUACCACAACCAUGGUUGCAAAUGCAAUAAGUUGUUAAUUUGAUCAAAUGCCUACAAUGGGAAGAAUCAGCAUUAAUUCAGCUUAUAUUAAUGAUAAAUACAUAUAAAAAUAUGGAUAUAUGUUCUAGAAUGUCUUAUCUCAUGAAUUGAUUCAUGUGCUUGGAUUCUCAUUUAGUUCAAUUAAUCAAUGGAUUGAUCCAAAAACUAAUUAAGCUUUUGGAGAUUGGUUUAUUUAAGCUCUAGAUUAAGAUCAAAUAAACGGAGUAGAUUAUUACUUGUUAUAGACAGAUAAUGUCAAUAGACUAUUUUAAAGGCAUUUUUCUUGUCAAUAAAUAUCUGGAAUGCCAUUAGAGAAAGAUUUGAGUAAUCAUUGGACUAGAUUAGCUAUUUUUGAUGAAGUGAUGAAUCCUUAUAUUUUUAACUUAGAGAGUGACUUCAGUUAAUUUACCACUGCUAUGCUUAGAGAUAUUGGUUAUUAUUUAGAAGUUAAUGAUAAUCUUGUAAAAUUCUCGGGAUGGGGUUUGAAUUAAGGUUGCUCAUUUAUACAAAAUACGUGUUUAGACCCAAGUAUUUAAUUUGAAGAAUUUAAUUAUGCCUCAAAUAAUAGGACAUUCGAUUGUGAUGUUAAUGGACAUGGAAAAGCUAUGUUGCCUUCAAAAGAGACAGAUCUUGAAACUUGUUAAUCUUUUGAAAUCUAAGACACGUAAUAUUGUACACUAACAAAUGUUGAUCCAAUUUAGUAUACAGGAGAAUAGUAUAGUCCUUUAUCUAAAUGUAUAAGAUCAAGCUAUCAAAAAAGUACAAUUUCAAAUCCAUUUUUAAGUGCUUACGGAAACACAAGAUGUUACAAGACUAUUUGUUUAAAUGAUGGGACACUGCAAAUUAGCACAAUAACAGGGUAGCAAUACAUCUGUAAAUAUCCUGGUUAAAUGAUUUAAAUAUCUAAUGAAGAAAAUCAAGGAUAUAUAUAAUGCCCAACUAGAUUUUAACCUUAUUGUUUCUUCAAAAAAUUUUGCCCUAAUAGCUGUAGUCAAAAAGGAUUUUGCAUAGAUGGCGUUUGCAUUUGCAUAGAUGGCUAAGGAGGUGAAGAUUGCUCAGUUUAAAUAGAAGGCAACUAAGCCCUCUAUCAAGGGAAUCUUGUUGAUAGCUGUCCUAAUGGAUUCAUCAAAAAUCCAAACAGAGUUUGUUUGAGCGGUUGCCCUUUAGGAUAUUAUUAAUCUGAAGGUUAAUGCCUUGAGUGCUAUGGAAAAUGUAGCUAAUGUACUGGUCCUGGUUAAAACUAAUGCACUAAAUGUAGUUUAGAUUAUAUAUUAAUCGGUAAUACAUGCUAUGAAAGCGAUUAAUGCUAUCAGACUAUGCUUGGGUGCAGAAUUUGCUAUUAAGAUACUUGCUAUUAAUGUUAAAUAGGGUACUAUAUGGAUUAAUCUAAUCAAUGCUAGCCUUGUUCAUCUGAUUGCCUUGCUUGUGUGAAUUCACCAGAUUUUUGCACCUAAUGCUUAAGCAAUUAGUUUUUAUCUGAAAAUUAGUGCAUUGAUUAAAGCGAUGCUAUGCAAGGAUGCUUAGCUUUAGAUUAAAACUCCCAAAAAGUUUGUACUUUAUGCUCAGAUCUUUAUACAUUAGAUGAAAAUGGUUAAUGUUAACUUUGUCCUACUAAUCAGUUCUUCUCUUUCAAUCAAAAAAUGUGCAAACAAUGCUCUUCAAACUGUUUAACCUGUAAAUAUCAGGAGGAUUAUUGUACAUCAUGUGAUAAAGGGUUUAUAUUUAAUGAGAUUAUCAAUAAGUGUAUUCCCUACCCUUCGGAAUCAAAAUUAGCUAAAUCAGACAUCUUUUAGUGUCACAGAACAUGUUCAAAGUGUUAUGAUGAAAGUUAUACUUCUUGUGGUUAAUGUGUAGGAAACAGAUAACUACUUUAAACAUCAAAAUAGUAUGUAAACAUAUGCUUAUCUCCUGAUUAAUCUACAGAUUACUUAGAUGAAAUUUGUUAAUAUGAUUACUUAUCUAGUUAAGUGAUAUUUGCAAUUCUUACUCUACAUAUCAUUGCCAUAUCAAAGUAGCUUUUUAGAGUAGUAUUCUUAAAAAAGAGGCUUUUCAAAUUAGCUGUUUUAAUUUACACUUAUUAAACACUAAGCUAUUUUAGGUUUAUCAACUAUUACUUCCCUCUUGAAGUCGAUACCAUUUUAAGAUCUCUUCAAAUUUACAACCUAUUUAACUACUAGAUUUCUAAGGUUGAUUUCGAAGUAGAGUAAAAUGUUAAUAUAAACCCUAAAUUUUUAGUUGAAUAGAAAAGUCCUUAUUUUUUUACUAAUACUAUUGUGAUAAUGGUAAUAAUAGGUACUAUUAAUCUUGUUUAAGAAAUACACUACUUCGUUAGAAAUUUAAAGAAAAAGUUUUAUUAUUAAAGCUUGCUAUUAAUCACUACUUUUAUCAAUUUUUUUGCUAUAUAAGAGCUAUUGAUUAAUUUAUUUGCUUGUAUAUCCUUUUUCGAUUAUAACUCAUCAGCUAAGGCUUAAUUAAUAUUAGGUUUUUUAAUAUUUAUUAUUUUAAAAGCAGUUACUAUCAGGAAUAUACUCAUACUUGUAAAAUAUUAAGAAUAAAGCAUGUUCGAUUAACAAUAAACAGUUUCAGAAAUUGAUGAAGAUAAGUAGUAAUAUUAAGAUCCCAGUAAAGACAAAAAAGGAGAAACACAAAUCAUCUUUUCAAAACAAAAUCCAAUAAAAAUAGAAGAUUCUUAGCUUUAAGCAUCACCUCAUAGAGAAACAGAUGAUUCAAGAAAUCUAAAGCAUGAAGAAAAUUAAUCCAUUAAAAACCUAAUAAAGAAGACAGAGAAAGUAGAUUUAAGGAGAAUGGUUAUUAAUAAACAGCUUUAGAAUAAAAUUUAAAACAAAGGAGAAGAUAAAACACAUGAUAGUAGCCCUCAUUCAAAGAAUGGAAAAGAAAACAUCUAUUAGAAGGUGAUGGAAGAUUUAAAUUUCUCAGCUUCUUUUAAUGGAACUGAACAUGAUUAGAAAAAUGAAAAUAAAAUCAAUGAAACAUCAUAAAAAAAAGAAGAAUAAACAAAAUAAGUUGAUUAAGAUUAUAAAAAAUAAGAGCAUUAAUAAUAAAACUAAGCGCUUUUAUAAGAGUAUUAGAAAACUGAAACUGAAAGCCCCAUUUAAAAAUAUCAUGAAACUAAUAAUUCGCCUGAAUAGCUGUUAAAUUAGUAAACGAACGCUUUAAUGAAAAAUAAAUUGUUAGAUAGCUUUUCUUUGAAUUCUAGUAAUGCAAGUGAAUUAAAUUAAAAGCAGCAAGAUUUAUAAUUUAUAGAUGCUCUUACUGAUGUAGAAUCUAGGCAACGAAACUCCAGUCUAUUCAAAAGAAAUUAAGAUGCCUAAAGUGAUUUUGAAAGUCCAAUGAUUUAGCCAAUUAAACCAAAUAAUUCAGCUUAACAAUAGCUAGCAGAUAAAGAAAUAAACGUAUAAUAUAAUGAUAAGAUUAUUGAUAGCUUUGUUUUGAAUUCAACAAAUAGAAGUGAACUUAAUACAAAAUAGUUAGAUAUCUAAAUUAUAGAUGCUAAAAACGAAACUGAUAUUAGACAACACAAUUAGAGUCAGUUUAAGAAAAGUGCCACUGAUAAAGGAGAAGUUACUUUAAAUUAUCCUUUUAGCAAAAUAUUGCUAAAAUGUUUUUUCUUAUUCCUUCUAGAAAGAAUUAUCUUUACUGUUGUAAUAGCUUUUUUCUAUGAGAACUACUAAGAUUAAAUAUUCAUUCUUAUUUCUUUACAAAUCAUUAAAUUUGUUGUCUUCUUUAUAUCAAGAUGCUAUUUAAAAAAAAUUUCUUAGUUUAAAUAAAAAUAAAUCUUAGAGAGUAUAACAUUGACGACUCUUUAGCUUGGUCUUAUGUUAGGUUUAACUUAUUUAAAAGAUAAGAGAAUUUUGUCUAUUAUAUUUACAUCUGUGCUGAUAUUAAGUUUCUUUAUAUAAGUUCUUCUUCGCCAAAUUAGAGAAAUAAUCAUUUUUUUUAAGUAAUCAAUAAUAAAAAUUAUUCAAUAUUUAAAAUCUAAAAAAUAAAUAUCUGCUCAGUCAGAUCAUACUUAAGACUAACAUAAUAAUGUUGAUCAAGGAAGUCUUAAAAGUAAUAGCAUACAAUAAAAAGGAUAGUGA